AUGAAUUUUCUCCGUGUCAUGCGCCAAUACCUUCAUGACAAUAAUUCAGAUAUUUGUGUUCUGGUCGAAACUCGGAUUAGCAGAGCUAAUACUGAGAUCGUGAUUAACGGUUGGAAUUUUCCCAACUCAUUCAGAAUCGAAGCGGGUGGUUAUGCCGAUUGUAUUUGGCUUUGUUGGUAUGAUACAAUUCACAUUGAUAUCUCAUCCUAUCACUUUCAGUUUCUUCACUGCCAUGUUACAGAUAAGAGGCGUUAUGGUCGUUCUUCUUUUCUGGCCAUCUUUGUCUAUGCAAGCCCUAAUGCAUCUAAACAAAAAUAUUGUUGGUUUUAUAUGAGAACUCUUAUUGAUUUUGUUACUAAGCCGUGGAUUUUAGUAGGUGAUUUUAACGCUACCUUAUCUAUUGAAGACCGCUCUGGAUAUGCUUCUUCUUCCACUCUAGAAGCCUCUUUCCAAGAUUUGGUUUUUGAUUGUGGCCUCCAUGAUCUUGGUCACCAUGGUCCGAGAUUUACUUGGUUUAAUGGAUAUUACUCGGAUUGUUGGGACUCAUCAUUGCCUAUCUCUGAGGCAAUUGUCAAAUUUUCCAAAGCGGUUGCUGAUUGGAAUAAAAACAUUUUCGGUGUUAUUGGUAAGAAUAAGAGAAUUCUUAUGGCAAGAUUAAGAGGAGUUCAACAUUGUAUGGGUUUGCGUCGCUCUCGCAAUCUCCUCAACUUGGAGUCUAAACUCCUUCAAGAGCUUGAAGUCAUUCUUGAUCAAGAAGAACAAUUAUGGAUCCAGAAAUCUAGGGAUCGAUGCUCCGAUACUACUAUGCUCAGAGAGGAAAUCGUUCGCUUCUUCUCCUCUCUUUUCGCAUCACCCAACACUAACCUGAUUUUCUUUCCCAUCUCCGGUGGUUUCCCUAUUAUUACUGAUCUCCGAACUCCUACUCUUAUAGUCGUUCCUUCAGAGAAGGAAAUUAAGAAAGCCCUGUUCUCCUUGGCUCCACUCAAGGCCCCUAGUAUUGAUGGCCUUCGUGCCCAUUUCUUUCAAAAAAAAUUGGGACGUGGUCAAGAACUCUAUUUGGAGUCUUCUGGAACAUGCUUUUGUUUACAACAACAUUGA